CCGCCCUUAGACAAUCCUUCCAAGGAUAAGAAGGGUUCGGUUCCUUCGAGGGCCCAGAUGGAGGCGGCUUUGAACAACAGUGUAACGGAUGCAGUCUCAGAAAUGGACGCCGCUCUUGCGCUUGAUAAAAGCGCGUUUGAUGAUGGUAUUGACCGGGUGGUUCCUGCAGACACUGACCUUGUGGGUCCCCACUUGCUGACCACUUCCGCCGCGCUGGAGAUAGAAAAGCCCGGACAGGCGUUUCUCCAGGUGGCCAAGUCCGCCAUUUCACGUCUCAAAAUCAAGGACCCAUCUGCGUUCUUUGGAGAAAGAAUUCCAUUUUCUGAUAUCGACACACACAAUGUAUCUCUGGGUUCCUUUUGGUGCCCGUACAGCCCGCCCACGUGCCCAUCCGGGGUUAACUAUAGAACAGCAGACGGCUCCUGUAACAACUUGCUCAACCCUUUAUGGGGUCGUUCGCAGACGCCCUUCGAGCGACAUUUGAUUCCGGCAUAUGACGACGGUAUCUCGGAUCCUAGGACUCUAAGCGUGUUGGGGGGAAAUUUGCCAAACGUUCGCAACAUCAGCCGCGACUUCCACACGAACCUGGUGAUCUUCCAGCCGAAGAUGACCCACAUGACCAUGCAGUACGGGCAGUUCCUCAGCCAUGAUAUACAGUUCAACGCACUGUCUCAAGGCUAUGCUGGUUCCAAUAUAGAUUGCUGUGGAAGCCCUGAUAGACACACGUGUUUCCCCAUAGAGAUUCCGCCCGGUGACCCGUAUUUUCCACCAAAUCGUACGUGCAUGAACCUCGUGCGUUCUCUUCCGACCCCGAACCUGGCGUGCACUGUUGCUUUCCGCGAACAGUUGAACCAGAACACACACUUUAUUGACGGGUCUCUUAUCUACGGGUCCGACAAUACCACCGCAGACUCACUGCGAACUUUUGUUGGAGGAAAACUGAAGACCAAUAACGAUUUGCUACCAAGUGACCCCUCCGGUGCCAGUUGCACCGUCAGCGUUCCCAGCAGACCCUGCUUCCUGGCAGGUGACUCGCGUGUAAACUCGCAGCCGGCCCUUGCCGCCUUGCAAACAGUAUUUGUCCGGGAGCACAACCGUCUCGCCACAGCACUCGCGGCGCUGCAACCGGCCUGGAAUGACGAGACGCUGUACCAGGAGGCCCGGAAGAUCGUCAUCGCCAUCAUUCAGCACGUGACUUUCAAUGAGUACCUUCCAGAGAUCCUCGGGGCGUCCCCCAUGAACCAGUAUGGACUGAAGCCUCAGGCAUCUGGGUAUUUCGGCGGUUACAGCGCUAGUGAGAUGCCCAUGAUACGCAACGGAUUCAUGGCCGCCGCCUUCCGGUUCGGACACAGCAUGAUCUUCCAGCGCGUGCAGGCGCACAACGGCGCUAGCGUCACGUCUGACAAGCUUCUCAAGGACGAGUUUCUGAGACCGGAUCUCGUGUAUUCUCACGGCGUUGGUCAGAUCUGCCGAGGCUUGACGAUAGCCCCUUCCGAAAAGGUGGACAAGGAGCUGACAGAGCAAGUGACAAGGCACCUGUUCGAGCAAGCGCCGGGGUUCGGCGGCGACCUGGCGGCCAUUAACAUCCAGCGUGCCCGUGACCACGGAAUCCCCGGUUACCAGGCGUGGCGCCGGUUCUGUGGACUGAGCGGUAAUUUCUCGCACGAGGCCAGCGUCCAAGCGCAACUUCUGCUAAUAUACAGCGACCCCGAGGACAUCGAUCUGUUUACCGGCGGCGUGUCGGAGAGGCCCGUAGCCGGCGGGAUGUUGGGGCCCACGUUCGCCUGCAUCAUCGGUCAGCAGUUCCGGUCACUGAAGAAGGGCGACCGCUUCUACUACGAGAACAGUGGCGUCGUCGGCUUUACCGUUCAGCAACUAAAUCAGAUACGAACUCAGACACUGGCCAAGGUCAUCUGUAGGAACACUGACAUCGGGAUGAUACAGUCUAAAGCAUUACGGAACGCUGCUCCUAGUAACAAACUGGUAAACUGCACGGAUAUUCAAAACUUCGACCUGAGCGGGUGGUGAAACCCGUGUACACCAGUGAAUGGGGGCUGGUCCGCAUGGAAGACGACGCCGUGCUACGACAACAUCCGAUUCACAUACCGAAUAUGCAACAAUCCAUUACCAAACGCGUGCGGAGUGCUUUUAAUCAGCUUUUAAAUGUAAACUAAUGUAGUUUAUUGUUUCACGAAUGUGACAUAUCAAUUUUACCUUGAUCCAGAAUGCAGUGCAUUUAUAUGUUGUCAUUCACUGUUUACAUUGCACAAAAUUACGAACUUUGUGUAUUGUU